CCUAAUUACACCUCCCCGCGCCCCCCCGCACUCACCAGACCCCCCCGGGCCCAGACGGGGCUCCCUGUCCCUCCGCCUGCACGUCUGGGGGGUUCCCUCCUCCCCCCCAAAAAACCCCGCUCCCUCUUGAACGGGUUCCCGAGGGAACCCCCCCCGGCCUGAGGGCACCUCUGCUCGCCCCCUCCCCAUCCAGCUUGCGGGGUCCCAUGGGGGAGGGUCCUGCGGCCGAGCUGGAGGCGGUGCUGGGUGGGGGCAGCUGGGAGGUGGGGGCAAACCUUGAGGGUCCCCACACGCCCCCCGACCCCGUCUGCCUGGGAAGGAACGUCUGUUACGUCGUCCUGGCCGUGCUCUUCAACCAGGAGGAGCGGGUGCUGCUGGUGCAGGAAGCCAAGCGGGAAUGCCGAGGGAAGUGGUACCUGCCGGCAGGGAGGAUGGAGCCCGGGGAGAACAUCGUGGCUGCCGUGAGGAGGGAGGUGAAGGAGGAGACGGGGCUGGAGUGUGAGCCCCUCACCCUGCUGGCGUUGGAGGAGAGGGGCCCGGCCUGGAUCCGCUUUGCCUUCCUGGCACGGCCCACCGGUGGGACCCUGAAGACCCUGGAAGAGGCUGAUGCCGAGUCACUUCAAGCCACCUGGUGGGCUGGAGACCCCCGUGCCCUGCCCCUCCGUGCUCUGGACAUCCUGCCCUUGCUGGACCUCGCCGCCCGCUACCGCCGCAGCCCCCCGCACCCCCCCACCCUCCCACAGCACCUGCCCUGCCCCCUGCUCUGCUUGCGGAUCCUGGUGGUCUUCACCAACAACGCCGGGGACCUUUGGGUGCUGCUGGGCAAGGCCGAGACCCCCCACUUGCCCGUGGUGACCUGUGGCAGGUCCCCAGCCGAGCACCGGGGGGGUCUGCGCUCGCCCAUCCUACGGCUGCUGAGGGAUCAUCUACCCCCAGACCCUCACCCUGGACCCCUGGGGCUUCUGGGGCUGCAGCACCAGGCUGAAGGUCCCGGGGGGGCUGAUGGUGUUUGCUUCAACGUGCUGCUGAGCAUCCCCCCCAGCAGCCCCCGGGCUGUGCCCCCCAAGCCCCAGGGUCCUGCUUUCUGCUGGUGGAAGGUGGAGGAGGAGAACUUGAGGGGUCUCAUCCUGCAGAGGCUCCAGGCCACGGUCCCCAUCCGUAGUUAAGGCAUGGGGAGGGAAAAUGGGGGGGGUGUCCAGCUGGGGGUCCUGCUUGCCGUGC